AGAUGUAAGUUCAUCCGGGCUCGGAGAAGAACGCAUGACGCAAAAGCCGAAAAAUUUCGUUCACUUGAAGUUGAACUUCGUGCAUUAUCAGACGUGUUUUUCGUUUGGGCCCUGCCGUUAAAAUAAAGUGUGUGUGAGUACAGAAAAUACUGUCAAAAACGACAAGAGCUGUUCUGGUAUCUGAAAGCAGAUUCUCCAAAGAAUAUUGCAUCAUAAGUUUUCCAAAAACGUGAUUUUUGCAUCGAAUAACGUUGUAAAGAAGAAAGAUGUUGAAAGCAGCCAAAUUUCUAACCCGCACUCUGACCGAGAACCGAACCGUGUUGCAAAAUGGCGGAAUCCUCGGCAACAGUCUGCAGGCACGAUUCAAAUCCGACACAGUCAAAGGUGCCGUUAUCGGUAUCGAUCUUGGUACGACAAAUUCCUGUGUCGCCGUGAUGGAGGGUAAACAGGCUAAGGUUAUUGAAAAUGCAGAAGGUGCCCGAACAACUCCUUCACACGUUGCUUUCACAAGAGACGGUGAACGGUUGGUAGGAAUGCCGGCGAAGCGACAGGCUGUUACCAAUUCGGCAAACACAUUCUAUGCCACGAAGCGACUGAUUGGUAGACGCUAUGAUGAUGCAGAAAUUAAAAAGGAUUUGAAGAACCUGUCCUACAAAGUAAUGAAGGCUUCUAAUGGAGACGCCUGGGUUCAGGGGUCCGAUGGUAAGGUUUAUUCACCCAGCCAGAUUGGAGCGUUUGUGCUGAUGAAGAUGAAGGAAACGGCUGAGGCCUAUCUGAAUACCAGUGUUAAAAAUGCCGUCGUUACGGUGCCAGCUUACUUCAACGAUUCUCAGCGCCAAGCGACCAAAGAUGCUGGGCAAAUUGCUGGCCUGAAUGUAUUACGAGUUAUAAAUGAACCGACUGCUGCUGCGCUGGCGUACGGCAUGGACAAGAGCGAGGACAAAAUAAUCGCUGUGUACGAUUUGGGUGGUGGUACUUUUGAUAUUUCUAUUCUCGAAAUUCAGAAAGGUGUAUUUGAGGUGAAGUCCACUAACGGUGAUACUCUGCUGGGGGGAGAGGAUUUCGAUAAUCACAUUGUCAAUUAUUUAGUUACUGAAUUCAAGAAAGAACAAGGUAUUGAUAUCACCAAGGACCCCAUGGCGAUGCAACGCCUUAAGGAGGCUGCUGAAAAGGCUAAAUGUGAACUGUCAUCAUCUGUGCAGACCGACAUCAAUUUGCCUUACAUUACGAUGGAUGCUUCAGGGCCAAAACAUUUGAACCUUAAAUUCACCCGCGCUAAACUGGAACAGUUAGUCGGUGACUUGAUCAAGCGAACGAUUGCUCCUUGUCAGAAGGCGCUUUCCGAUGCCGAAGUUGCCAAGUCGGAUAUUGGCGAAGUUUUGUUGGUCGGUGGUAUGACCCGCAUGCCGAAGGUUCAACAGACGGUACAAGAAAUUUUCGGCCGCACACCAUCCCGUGCUGUGAAUCCUGAUGAAGCCGUAGCUGUUGGUGCUGCUGUUCAGGGUGGUGUACUUGCUGGCGAUGUUACGGAUGUGCUGCUUUUGGACGUGACCCCGCUAUCGCUGGGUAUUGAAACUUUGGGUGGCGUUUUCACUCGACUUAUCACUCGUAACACUACUAUUCCAACAAAGAAGUCGCAAGUCUUUUCUACAGCUGCUGACGGUCAGACCCAGGUAGAAAUCAAAGUGCAUCAAGGCGAGCGUGAAAUGGCUUCUGAUAACAAGAUGCUUGGUUCCUUCACACUGGUUGGUAUUCCUCCAGCACCUCGUGGAGUCCCGCAGAUAGAAGUCGUGUUCGACAUUGACGCAAACGGUAUCGUGCAUGUGUCCGCCAGAGACAAAGGAACCGGUAAAGAACAGCAGAUUGUGAUUCAAUCCUCCGGCGGUCUGAGCAAGGACGAAAUCGAGAACAUGAUCAAGAAUGCCGAACAGUAUGCUGCUACCGAUAAGCAAAAGAAGGAGCGUAUUGAAGCGAUCAAUCAAGCCGAGGGUAUUGUUCACGACACGGAAUCAAAGAUGGAAGAGUUCAAAGAUCAAUUACCCAAGGAAGAGUGCGAUAAACUGCGUGAAGAAAUUACUAAGGUGCGUGAAAUUUUAGCCAAUAAGGACGAGGCAGAUCCGGAGGAAAUCCGAAAGACCGUUAGUGCUCUUCAACAGUCAUCACUGAAAUUGUUCGAAAUGGCUUACAAAAAGAUGGCUUCCGAGCGAGAAAGCAGCGGUUCCAGCUCUGGCACUAGCGGCAGCAGUAGCAGCAGUAGUGAAGAAGCUGAAAAGAAGGAGAACAAAAAUUAAAACCACUGUUUCGAAUGCAAAUCAACAAAGCAUCUUGUAAAAAUAUUUCUAGCCAUUAUAUAGAAUUAACAAAAUUUGGUUGAACAUAACGCAAACAAGACGGAACAGCACUUAUACAAAUACAACUAGUAGUAGUAUCUAGUUUCACUGGCUAAACGCUAAUAUCACUUUAUUGAGUUUUUUUAUCAGGCAUGUUCAAAUACUGUGGAUUCCUAUGGAUUGCUUUUUCUUAGAAUCAGUGUAGACCCUAGUUUUUAAAGUGGUUUUAACCUAUAAAACAGCCGUGUCACAUUUAAGUGCAGCUGAAUCUGGUACACCGUGAAAUGUCUGAUUGUAGCAGGUAAAAGGAGAAAUUAUCGAAUAAUUGUCCAAUUAUGUUUCGACUCUGAAAACCAAAUUGAACGCCUCGAGUUUGUUCGAUAAGAAAGUUAGUGAUGAUAACUGUUGUACAGAUAUAUAAAUCUAAUGCGGCGGCACGCUAAGUGUGCCCAAACAAAACAAAAAACAAGCGUCACCCUAUGAGAAUGACUUUAUCGCAAUAAAGUAAGGUUAAUCUGA